AUGUCUGCUCCUUGCCCGUGUCGUUCGGCCCAGUUGCCAGCCGUGGUGGUCCCAGGAGGGCAAGGCCGCAUCGAGCCAGACCCUGCUCCCGAGCAGCCCGUCAACGUCAUUGAAGUCGACAAAGUUGUUCCAGUCGAGACUGACCAUCGCCAGGGCCAAGGCAACGGCGAUCACGUCGCUGACACUGAGCCAGCCAAGCCUGACUCUGGCCACGUCUUCUUCGCCAACCGUGCACCAGGCUCGCACUCGUCUGAACAGCCAAAAGCCUUGAAACCAGCCGCCAGACCGUCUGCGAAUAUCAGCACGGUUGGCGAGAUGUACCAGACGAUUGAGCGACCGUUCAACAUCCUGACCUCGUGCGACAUGGCAACCAUGAUUGGAGUUCCGACGCUACUCCUGUCCAUCUACCAGCGAAGCUCGCGUCCUCAAGAUCUAGCCUUCUUUGUCGCGGUCGACACCGAAUCGGCUCUCGGCCGGCUUCGGCGGUGGUUGAGCGCGGCUCUCCCAUCCGACAUCAAUCUUCAUACGUUUGUGCGAGUCAUGCCUGCCAAUCUGCUGCCGAAACGAAAGCCCGGUGGUAGCAGGCCAGAGCUGGAAGCCGAGCCCAACUUUGCACGCUUUUUCUUUGCAGAAAUCUUCCCAGAGGCUACAGGGCGCGCGUUUUACAUUGACAGUGACUGCCUUGUUCUAGGAGACGUCAUGGAGCUUCAAACACUCAGCCUCAAAGAGAAUGAGGUGAUGGCGGUGAAGGAGACGUGCGAGACAUAUCGCUUGCAAGACUUCAUCAAUGUCAAUCACACGGCCGUCAAGCCGCUGGGAAUUGACCCAGACCACUGCGCGUUCAACGCCGGUGUAUUCCUGUGGGAUGUUGCCAAGUGGAAGCACUUUAACAUUACAGCAGAGGUGCUCAAGUGGAUUUCGCUCAACGCUGCGAGCAACAAUGCGAUUUACGGCCGACGGAAGGGCGGAGGUGUCACGCAGCCUGCAUUAAUGCUGGCAUUGCAAGGCAAGCACGGCCAUUUGCCACCCAUAUGGCACGUUAAUUCCAUGGGUGGUGGGCAGGCUGCCUAUGGGCGACAGGACAAGGACGCGCUGGCAAGCCCCAAGUUGAUGCAUUGGAGUGGAGCUCGCAAGCCAUGGUUGCGCAAGACGCCCGACAAUAUUUCUGGUAUUAAGGUGCAAGCUUGGCGUGACAAGUGCGUGCCAGAGCCCCCAGUUGUUGUCUCCUCGACAGCAACAAGUCUAGCGAUGACUGCGCUGCCUGCCCGUUGGCUCGCAGGUCUCUUUGUUCCGCUCACCGAUGCAGAGCUUCCCACCACCUUCCUAGAGCAGGUCCGAUCGUUGCAAGAGCAGUCACCUCUUGUUGCGCUCAAUUGCGUGUUCGAUUAA